AGGAACGUACGCCUUGCGUGAGCACGCAGUGACGCAGUGAGGAUGCCGGGGAAGGAUGGGUGGGCAGGGCUGUGAUUGCAGCCAGUGUGGCUGAAACGGGGAGGGUGACGGUGGGGGGCAGGCGGGGAGGAGCCGAGCUGGUUUCGGUCCCUCCCAUGGUAAUCCGCCGCGUUGGAUGAGAAGGAAGGAAGGACGGGAGGCAGGUACUUCUUCGCCCGCAGUGCAUAAUCGGCGGUGCCGCUGGCUGCUCGCUUGCCUGUCUGGAAUGGGGCUAAUAUUUGCCAAGCUCUGGAGUCUUUUCUGUAACCAGGAACACAAAGUGAUAAUUGUCGGACUUGAUAAUGCUGGAAAAACCACCAUUCUGUACCAGUUCCUAAUGAACGAGGUAGUUCAUACUUCCCCGACGAUAGGAAGUAAUGUUGAAGAAAUAGUAGUAAAAAACACGCACUUCCUCAUGUGGGAUAUUGGAGGACAGGAGUCAUUGCGAUCAUCCUGGAAUACAUAUUAUUCAAAUACAGAGUUUAUUAUCCUUGUAGUUGACAGCAUUGAUCGGGAGAGACUGUCUAUCACAAAAGAAGAACUUUACAGAAUGUUGGCACACGAGGAUUUGCGGAAAGCUGCCGUUCUCAUCUUUGCAAACAAGCAAGAUAUGAAAGGUUGUAUGACAGCAGCUGAAAUUUCCAAGUACCUCACCCUUAGUUCCAUAAAGGAUCACCCAUGGCACAUUCAGUCCUGUUGUGCACUAACAGGAGAAGGAUUGUGCCAAGGCUUGGAAUGGAUGACUUCCCGUAUUGGAGUAAGAUAACUUCCUCCAGAUAAAAAGUGACACUUACUCUAUGGACAAAACACCUUUGUGGUACACUUGACUGCUGAGGUAGCAACAUGUUUUAACUUAAAAACGUCUGAAACCUCCAAAAGCAACACUUGAAUCAAGUGCGGCUGAACUGAAACUCAAAAGUGUUUUUUUAACUUCUCAUUUUAAUGCACUAAUCCUGGAUGGAUGAACAAGCAAGAACUAUCUCAAAAGUUCUCCUGACUACAUAAGCUAAAUGACUGCCUUGUAACAAAGUUUGCCAUUGGAAAAACUCAAUCUUGCUGCUUACGGUAAUAGUCUGUAACAUUUGGGUGUGUGGGGGGGUGUUUCUUCCUUUUUUCUAUGCUGCAACAAUUAGCUUUAAGAAUUCCAAAAGCAUGGGUUUUAAAAUCAGUGUAUUCCCAGGUUUGAGUUGUGGAUGGGAUUUCAGAUACUGAUACACACUACAGGAGUUCUAUUUAACAUUGAAAUGGUUAUUUAUUUACUGUCAUUGCAUUUAUGCCAUGACAAGCAUAUACCUUCUUAAAAUGUCAUUUGACCGCUAAAUGUUUCAUAUACAGUAGUGGGUUUACCUGAAAAUAAAAAUUUUAUAUAGUAACAGUGAAUAUGCCGCAUGUUGGCAAGGAAGAGUAUUUGCCUGCACUGUGUUUUAACAAUGCAAGUCCAAUAGGGAAAACUUCAAAUAUUGGUGUGCACUUUCCAAAAGAACAGCAGCUUUUUGCCAUCGUGUUAUCAGACAAACUCUUUUGGAUAUUGUGUUUCUAGUUAAUGAGGUUCUACAAUCUGAUUUUUUUUUAAUCAUUGUUAAGCGGAAAUGAGUUCUCUCUGUGUGAGUGUGUAAUAUGAAUAAACAUUAAAAGCAAGGCCUAAUUUCUCCAUUGGAGAAACCCAGAGCAACAGUAUUAUUGAAAAUAACGGAAUCCUUCCCACAAAUUGAUCCAACUCUCCUGUACAAGGGCAGUACUCUUUUUAUUCCUCAGAAAUAUUCUACAAAUCAUCAGCAAAUGCCUUAUUUUGAUAGUGCAUUAAAAGCAGUUCAUGGUAUUGAAAAAUGUAUAAUUUUGAAGAAACAGUAUUCCAUAGUGCUUUAAAACACCAAAUUGUCUUCCUUUGAUAACAUUGGUUGAUUUCUUUUCACAAGGCAAUGCUGAUAAUGUAUGUGUUUGAACAUGCAACAUUAUGUAAGCACUCUAAAGGAAAGCACUUAUAUUCAGCAAUUUCCUUCAGUGCCAAACCACUUUAGGGACAUUACAGGCAACAUAUUGGCUGUCUUUGUGCUUUAUUUCAUGAAAUAAUGCCAUGUUGCAAUUAGGGUUCGGUUGACAUCAUGUGAAGUUUGUUUUCAGAUAAGUAACUUUUCUCUAGAAGAGCAGUGUUCCCUUAGAAAUAACUGCCUUUCAUUGCAAAAUCAGAAUUCUUCCCUUCUCUUGGCAAACAGAGGAAAAGAAUCAUGGUCACAGUGUUGCAUAUUGCUUCCUUUAAAGUGGCAAAGAUGUUUACCCCAAUUUAAUAUCCCAAAGAUCACUAAAACAGAGGACCCCUUUCUUUUAAAGGGGGGAAACUCUUCUCUUCCAUGGAAAGCCCCUCCCCACCACACACACACACUAUUAACUCUGCCCCAGUAGCAGUAUAGCAAAUCCAUGCUAUGGUACAGGUAGCUUGAAUUGGGGCAUGCAUUGAGAUCCAAUCUGAGAUCCAAUCUGUCAAUAUCCAAUGAAUCUGAUUUUCUUUUUCCUCUAGUGGCAUCAAUUCCUUUUGAUUGUCUUUAUAGAACAUAGGUGCACAUUUCAGUAAAAUUAGACAUGCAGCAGUGUCUGCAGAAGUCAACUUCCUUCAAGAGUUAUAGGUAUAAACAGAGCUUAAAACUCUCAAGAAUUGUGUUGGGUUGAGCAUUGAGGACAUUUACAUAUCUGCUGAAAUAUCUUGGAACUCUGUGGGUUGUUGUUUUUUUACACUAGUCCUUUAGUAGCCCUUGUCCUUUCAAAAAUGCUGCAUGGAAUGUUGUGCUAAAUCAGGAGAGGGGUUUUUUAAAAUAACUGUUACAAUAUGUUUGUCAAGAAUGCCAGGUUUCCAGAAAAAUUUAUCCUCUUUUACCCUGUGUUCUCCAUCUUUCCUCUACUCCAUGAUCUUCACAGUAACUGUGGAUUUACCAUUUCACUUUUCCUAAAGGGGAAUGCAUUCAGUGUUUCAGCUGUAGCUCUUUCCAUAGGAUGGGAUUUGAAAAACCGGGCCUUUUUUGGCCAAGAUCAUGUUAUCUUGUCAUUUGACUCCUCACAUGAAAUAUGGUUUACCAUACUGUACACUUUUUAUAUCAAAUGAUUGGCAUGAUAUUGCAUUGUAACUACUGUACUUAUUUGGGUGAAUUAAAGUGCUUGGCUGUGCAAAGCAAA